AUGGAACAUGAUUCAAUUAAAGAAGAAUAUGAUUCAAUGGAGGACCAUGAAGCAAUUAAGAAGAGGGAAAUAUUAGAAGAAAAUGUUACAACAAAACACGAACGGAUUGAUUUAAAUGAAAAUUCCUGUGAAAUUUGUGAUAAAUCCUUUAAUCUUCGAUCUAAUUUAGUUCAACAUAAACGGACUCAUACUGGAGAAAAACCUUUUUUCUGUAAACUUUGUGAUAAAUCAUUUGCUCGGAAAAACGGUUUAGACUAUCACAUACGGACACAUACUGGAGAAAAACCUUUUUCCUGUGAAAUUUGUGAUAAAUCAUUUAUUCUUCGAUUUGAUUUAGAAAGACAUAAACGGACUCAUACUGGAGAAAAAAACGGUUUAGACUAUCACAUACGGACACAUACUGGAGAAAAACCUGUUUCCUGUGAAAUUUGUGAUAAAUCAUUUACUCUUCGAUUUGUUUUAGAAAGACAUAAACGGACUCAUACUGGAGAAAAACCUUUUUCCUGUGAAAUUUGUGAUAAAUCCUUUAAUCUUCGAUCUAAUUUAGUUCAACAUAAACGGACUCAUACUGGAGAGAAACCUUUUUUCUGUGAACUUUGUGAUAAAUCAUUUGCUCGGAAAAACGGUUUAGACUAUCACAUUCGGACACAUACUGGACAAAAACCUUUUUCCUGUGAAAUUUGUGAUAAAUCUUUUAAUCUUCGAUCUAAUUUAGUUCAACAUAAACGGACACAUACUGGAGAAAAACCUUUUUCCUGUGAAAUUUGUGAUAAAUCCUUUAAUCUUCGAACUAAUUUAGUUCAACAUAAACGGACACAUACUGGGGAAAAACCUUUUUCCUGUGAAUUUUGUGACAAAUCAUUUAAUCAUAAAAGCGGCUUAGACUAUCACAAACGGACACAUACUGGAGAAAAACCUUUUUCCUGUGUAAUUUGUGACAAAUCAUUCCCUCAUCAAAGGGGUUUAGACUAUCACAAACGGACUCAUACUGGAGAAAAACCUUUUUCCUGUGAAAUUUGUGAUAAAUCAUUUAAUCUUCGAUCUAAUUUAGUUCGACAUAAACGGACUCAUACCAGAAAAAUUUAAUU